GUCGGGGCCGAGCCGCUUCCUGUAGGCAGAGGGAUGAGCGCAGACAAAGCUGGGUGGGGACUCGCCGCUCGGGGCUGCUGCUGACCACCUUCCUCCUGCCUCCAUCUCGCCAUCCAUCCAUCCCUCCGUCUGUCCGGCGUUCCGCCCGUCCCGCCGCAGCUCGCCCCGCGGGGGACUCAGGGCAGCACCUCCAGGUUGCCCGAGAGGAGCAGACCUUCCCCUAGAGACAGAUCACUGGUGAGACCUGCUUGCAGCGCCCGGAGCGCUCCUCCUGCCCAUGGCGAGCAACAACACGGCCAGCAUCGCGCAAGCCCGCAAGCUGGUGGAGCAGCUGAAGAUGGAGGCCAACAUCGACAGGAUAAAGGUGUCCAAAGCAGCAGCAGACCUGAUGGCGUACUGCGAAGCCCACGCCAAGGAGGACCCAUUAUUGACCCCCGUCCCAGCCUCAGAAAAUCCCUUUAGGGAGAAGAAGUUCUUCUGUGUGAUCCUGUAAAGCCUCGAGGAGCCUGGCCAGCACCCAGGCCACCCUGGACACUGACCUAGAGAUUUUAGGAACGGGGACAACCUGCUAAGCCUGAGAAUUUAACAAACUGUAAGCAAACUAUACUGCCUGGAAGCUCCAGAGAUGUGCAUGUCUAGAGAACCUGGCUGCCUUUUGGGGGGAUAAGAUGAUCUGCAUUGAUGAGGCAAAAGAUUUGAAGUCUGUAGAGUUGCCCAGAAAGAAAAAAAAAAGGGAAAAAAAAAAAAAAAGCAAGAAAAAAAAAGCCAGAAAAAAGGCAAGACAAAAGAGCCAGAAAAAACAUUGUAAAGAAUAAAUCUGUGUCACGUCCUGCUCGCCGGAGCGUUUGUUCCGUGCCUGUAGCAGCUGUGCCCAGCAGGUGACUGCUCUGGGCUGCCCAUAAACCUUCCCAGAAGGACACUGUCGGCUGCUUUCCAAACGUGGCUCCCGGCGCCUCCCGGCUCAGCUGCCAGACCCCUGGAGACAGGCUGGGUGCUGGUGACAUCACUCAGUGCUUGCCUGCUGCCAGACCCCUGGAGACAGGCUGGGUGCUGGUGACAUCACUCAGUGCUUGCCUGCUGCCAGACCCCUGGAGACAGGCUGGGUGCUGGUGACAUCACUCAGUGCUUGCCUGCUGCCAGACCCCUGGAGACAGGCUGGGUGCUGGUGACAUCACUCAGUGCUUGCCUGCUGCCAGACCCCUGGAGACAGGCUGGGUGCUGGUGACAUCACUCAGUGCUUGCCUGCUGUCAGAUGCCCAGUGACAGGCUGGGUGCUGGUGACGUCACUCGGUGCUUGCCUGCUGUCAGAUGCCCAGUGACAGGCUGGGUGCUGGUGACGUCACUCGGUGCUUGCCUGCUGUCAGAUGCCCAGUGACAGGCUGGGUGCUGGUGACGUCACUCGGUGCUUGGCUGCUGUCAGAUGCCCAGUGACAGGCUGGGUGCUGGUGACGUCACUCGGUGCUUGCCUGCUGUCAGAUGCCCAGUGACAGGCUGGGUGCUGAUGACGUCACUCGGUGCUUGGCUGCUGUCAGAUGCCCAGUGACAGGCUGGGUGCAGGUGAUGUCACUCGAUGCUUGGCCUGGUGGGUUUUCCUUGCCCUUCUGGUGGCAGUGUAGCGCAGGGGUGGAGGAGCCCUGGGGUAGGUCGGCCAAGGAACCAACAGCUCCUGCUUGCUUCCUGCGUGCUGGUGGCUGCCCUGUCUCUGGCAAACACCUUCCCUUCUAACGUUCUGUCCAUGGUUAGCUUCAGCUGGUGAGUCCUGUGCUGUGGCUGCUGCUUCACGCUCCUGUGGCCGUGCUUGGUGGUCGUGCUUCUGUUCAUCUGCUCCAGACUUUUCUUUCUCUGUCGUGUGGACCCACAUGCUGGUGGGAGAAGCGGUAGGGAGGCCAGCAAGACAGCUCUGAAAGCAAAGACAUCUCCUACAAUGCCUUAGGUGUGCCUGAAAUACCUCCUGCAUUGCAGUAGGUGCCAACUCCUGAGUGCGAGGGCUUGGGGCGGGCCCAGGCAUCGUGGGGGUAGCUAGAAAGCUGAAAAUCAAAGUUGACCACUUUGUUCCAGGUCUUUCCUCUUCUCCUACACCUCUGUGCCUCUGUCCUCCUCACUUGGUCCCUGUUCUGCUCUUUUAGCUUCCUGGCAGCAUCUCCUCUCCACGGAACUGGGUUGGGAUGUUGUCCUAGGGUGGCAUCCUGUCCUAUGCUGUCAUACUGCUCUGUGGGCAAUGCUGCCCUACCACGAGGCAAGUUGCCCAAAGAGAUGGUAGGUGCCCCAUGCCUGGAGCCAUUCCAGGUCAGGUUGUCUGGGGCUCUGAGCAACAUGCUCUAGUUGCAGGUGUCCAUGCGCAGUGCAGGGAUGACCUUUGAAAGUCACUUCCAACCUAACCCAGUCUGUGGCCCUAUGAUUCUCUGUGAAGUUGCUCCAUGGAGGGAUGCUGGCCUGCUCUGGAAUGUCCCUCCACCAUGAGAUGUUGCCCUGUGGUCAGAUGCUGCCCUAUGGUCAGAUGCUUCCCCAUGGUGGAUCGCUCCUCCACCACGGGAUGCUGCCCUACCAUAGCGUGCUGCUCCAUCACUAAAUGCUAACCCACAGUUGGAUGCUGACCUGUGACGGGAUGCUUCUGUCCCUUCUUGCACCCACCAGCUCUCCUGUUCACCUCACAUGAUGGGUAGGGGGCAGGGCAGCACCCUGGGGAGCCAUGGGGCCACCCCUUCAAGGAGACACCCGAUACCUCGUUUACACACAGCCUGAGCUCCACAUCGGGCUGGGGAAUUCCUCCCAGGCCAGGUUCAUCCACAGUCAGCAUUCUGGGGGACCCACGCCACCGCUUUUGGCUCCACCUCAGGUUAACACUUGGUGGACGAGGCUUGUCUCUCCUUCCCCUGCAGAACACCUCCUGGACUUCCCCACUCAUCUACAGCCCUGGGAAACUUUGGGAAUCACAACUUAUGGAUCAAAAUUAGGUGGGCAUCCCCUCGGGGGCUCGGCGGUCUGCAGUGACCACACUAAGCCCCUGGAGCGCAGCUUACCAAUCCCUAGGGACUCCAGGGGGCAGCAGCCUUUGGGUACUCUGGCGACGCUGCCUAGCCCACAGAAGUGCAUUUUGGGUUUUCUACCUUUUCAUACUCUUUUCUAGCCUGCUACAGAGAAUAGCAGUGGUUCUUACACUGGACUGCAACCUCUUUUGGCACCUGGGAACAUUUCUACAACACGAGUAGCCUAGGUGGCCACAGGCCCUCCCACGGUGGCCUUCCACCCUCCCUAACCUUCUUGUUCUGCUCUUGUUUGCCCCAACAGCUCACGUAGCUUUAGUGCGAAGGAUGGAUGGAGCUGCUCACUCUGCAGCUGGGUCCAUUCCUGGCGUUCCAAAGCAGAGCUUUCUGAACCCCAGCCCGGGUUUGUCUUUCCUUUUUUACUGCUGACUGACCACCACAGGGAGCGAAGCGCAGCAGGUCUGGCCCUGGGGGGUGGUAUCUCCCACCCCCCUCUUCUCAAAUGCUGUCAUCAAGUGGUUUGUAACAAUUUUUUUAACUACUUAACGUAUUUUACAACUCAAAUUCUUAAUAAAUAAACAAAGAUAUUUGCAUGAAGAGUAAAUGUGUUUGGGGGGUGGGGGGUUGAAUUAGCCUCAACUACUCAUGGAAGGUGUUUUUAUGUUGCUGCUCUUGAUUUUCCUGUUGGUUAGUGGUGUUGACAUUGGUGUGCUGCCAGGUAUUUCACCUCAGUGUUUAUAUUUACACAGAUACUCCUCUGUUAGCCAAGCAGAGAUCUCCUGCCAAGAUCAUUUCCACCACCAUCUCCCCCCCACAUACACACUUCUCACAACCAAAAUGCCAAUGGUCUCCAUCCCCAUGCUGCAUCUCCAGCAUAGAAUGGCCUCAAGCUGAGGCUGGAGAGGUUUAGAUUGGACAUUAGGAAAAAGUUUUUCAUGAAGAGAGUGGUCAGGGACUGGAAUGAGCUGCCCAGGGAGGUGCUGGAGGCCCCCAGCCUGGCUGUGUUUAAGGGAGGUUUGGCUGUGGUGCUUAGGGAGAUGGUGUAAGGCGAAUCUUGUGGAGCAGGGUUCUAGGUUGGGCUUGGUGAUGCUGAGGGGCUUUGCCACCUACAUGGUGCUGUGACUCUGUGAUUCUGUACCAAAUGCCAUUCCCCCUACCCCUAGGUCCCUAAAGAAGCAAUGGAAAAGGAUUGUUUUGUCUGUUUUGGCUUGCCGAGGUUGAUGUCCCUCCAGUGCCAGCCUGCUGCUGCCAGUGCGUUGGGAAGGCAGGGGCGGCUGCAACCGAAGCCAGUGCGGGGAGGAGGUCGGCGUUGCCAUGUAGCUCAUCCCCAUCCCAGAUGCUCUGUGUGUACUCGUUGGAAAUAAAACUUUGGAUUUGGUUCAA